UUUGUUUAGAUAAUGAAGAUUGUGUUUUAAAGCCUUAUGAAUUUAAGAUGGAAGCGAUUGAAGGAUUCAGGUACAGGUGUCGGGAUGCGAUGCAUACAGUCACGAAGCAGGCGAUAAAGGAGGCCAGACUGAAGGAGAUCAAACAGGAGCUCCUCAAUUCAGAGAAGCUUAAGACGUAUUUUGAAGAUAACCCCAGAGACCUGCAGCUACUGAGACACGACAAAGAACUGCAUCCUGCUGUGGUCAAACCCCACCUGAAGAACAUCCCAGAAUACCUCAUUCCUCAGACGCUGAAGGGGGUCUUAAAUCCACUGUCAUUCAAGAAGAGGAGGAAGAGGGAAAAGUCAAACUCUCAUGGUGUCACAAAGACCAGUUUUAAGAAGAACGUUCAGGGGAAGAACCCACUGAAGAGUUUUCGCUACAGCAGAGGGAAAACCAGAAAGAAGUCGUAACUGUGUCGCCGCUCAGCCGUUUGUGUCUUGACGUUGGACCCAACUCACAUUUAAACGGCCUGGAUUUUGGAUUAAUACCAUCUGGGACCUUGACUGUUAAGAGGUUUUGGGCGUGUGAACAGUUACCACAGUGCAAACUUUCUAUCUCCAGCAGGAAUACAAAAAAAAACAAAAACAGAUUAUUCAAGGAAUUGGUUCUCUGUGUUACUUAUUGAUACAUCAGGUCUGUUUGCAAGUGACUAUUAAAACCAUUCUUUUAUCAACUUCUUUU